ACCCCUGUCGUCUAUUUCUCUCUCUCCCCCGUUAGUGCGUCGCGCGUACGCGUGCGUCCGUAACUCCGUACUCCGUAGUACGUGCAUCGGACGGUGCGCAGUUCGGGGACGUCGCUUUCCUUACGGCGCCGAGGUGCGAAGGGUGCACGCCGAUUAGUGCCGUCGGUCCCUCGGGGACAACACGUAGUCCGCUUCCGUGGUCCAAGGGGCGUCACGCACCGAUGUUUUAGCCGGAUUAUGCAUCAGCCUCCACUGAAUAUUCUUGCUGCUUUUCAGUUUGUACAUGCUACAACAUGCCGCCAAAGCAGAGGAAAAUAGCUAUUAUGGGCUACAGAUCCGUAGGUAAAUCAUCCCUCAGCAUACAGUUCGUCGAGGGACAAUUUGUAGACUCGUACGACCCUACAAUAGAAAAUACGUUCACAAAGAAUACGCGAGUAAAUAGUCAAGAUUACGAACUCAAGUUAGUAGAUACAGCUGGCCAGGAUGAAUAUAGUAUAUUUCCUACCCAGUAUUCGAUGGACAUCCACGGCUACGUCCUGGUGUAUAGCAUAACCAGUAAAAAGAGUUUCGAGAUUGUACAAAUUAUUUAUGACAAAUUACUCGACAUCACUGGAAAGCUCCACGUCCCGAUCGUACUAGUGGGCAACAAAACGGACCUGUAUGUCGAUCGUAUGGUCACGACGGACGAAGGGAAGCGUUUAGCAACAAGUUGGAACGCAGCAUUUCUAGAAACCAGUGCGAAACAAAAUGAAUCUGUUGCAGAUAUUUUUCACACGCUACUGAAGGAGAUCGAGAAGGCCAAUGGGAAUGUACAAGAAAAGCAGAAUUGCAUUAUUUGUUGAAUUGCCCGAAUCAAUGGCAUUAACAAAAAUGUAAAUGUGUAAAAUUGGGUAAAAAAAAACCAUUGGCAUUAUACUCUGAUAUCUUUACAAUCCCAUAAGAUAAGUGUCGAAAAGAAAGUGCAUGUCAAAAGCGAUUAAAUUUAAUUUUUUUUCGCCAUACAAUAUAUAUUAGAGUAUAAUUUAGUUACAGAUCUACACGUGACGCAAUGAAUAAUAUUAUUUAUACGUCAAUGGUUAUUAUUUUUACGAGAUAAUCGAUACUUAUUUACGUUCCGGUUCGGAUUAUGUAAUUAAGAUGAUAAUCUCACAUAUCAUUAUUUUAAUUUAUGUCAAAUUACGUUCAGGGUCCCCGAAUAGGUGUAAAAUUUAUUAUUAAGAUCAACGCUCGUAAGUUAAGUUAUAAUUUUAGUUAAGUUUAAGGUUUCUUUCCUUUUUAGUACAUUUAAGUACCUUUACGUUUUAUAAAAAGAAAUAUAUAUAUAUCGAAGGGUGAUUAUAUAUAUAUAUAUAUAUAUAAAAGCAAUUCUCACGCAAUUUCUUGGCAUUAUAUGAACCGGUUUUGAUUAUUUUCAAUUAUAUGAGAUGUUUUUGUUUGCUUUUACGAUUCGUGCCGAUAAUGCACAGAGAAAAAUAAGAUGUAGAUACCAUAUAUAUAUUUUUUUUGUUAUGUAAAAAGAAAUUAAAACGGAAGUGCCAAUAAGCACGCGAUGUUCCAGCGGUUCCAAAGCGGUCACCCAUCCAUUGAUUUGUCAUGCUCAAUACUGCUCGACUCCGUUCCGUAUCGUGCACACAUAUAAAUCGUCAUUGGUAUAUAUCUCGGAUGGUGCGUGUACAUACAUAUACAUAUGUCUAUGUAUGCGGCACAUGUAAUGGCGGCUUGGACUCAUUUCUGCCUCUAUUGCAUGCAAAGUAAUCAGUUGUAUCGCUUCAAUCAGAAUUGGGCAUUUAUAUACGUGUAAAAUAUGGUAGUUUACAUCUGUGUCUAUACGUGUAAAUAAGUAAUUUAUGUUCCUAGAAAAUUAAUGUUUCCCAGGCGGAAAUUUAUAUUGUGUUUGCAUUAUUUCCAGUUACUUAUAGUUUCAGCACAGCUUAGAGUGUCGCGAAAAGUCGAGGGUGGCCUCGUUUAUUAGUGGGUGUCACCCGACAUAAUUUUGUAAGUAACGUGAUUCGUUUAUAAUUUAAAUAAAGUUUUACCUAAAUGCAA